GCUGGGAUGGCUUGCAGUGUCAACAAUGCUGUGGUCUGCCAGACAGAACUGCAUUCUCAAUGUUCAGAGGACAAUGGCCAUGAAACAAGUUCCAAUACAGAUGAAGACUUUGAGACAGUUGAGAUGGACUUUAUGGGGGGAAAGAGCAGUAAGUAUGAGUACAAUUCUGUAAAUGUAAACACUAUACAAUCUUAUAAAUAGAUGUGCGAAAAACUGCUCAAAGAGUGUCAUGCAGGCUAAAGUUUGAUUCGGCCCACCAGAAAGUUAUUCUAAACCCAUUCAUCACACAAUGAGAUAAUUGUUUUAUUUGUUAUAAUAAUUGUUAUAUUAUUAAAUAAUAUUACAUAUUACUAUAUAUAAAUGAUCAAAUUCUUAAUUUCCUUAUCGUUAGUAAUAUUGAUUUUAUUAUAAUAAUAUCAGUAAUAUUUUUGUAUGUUAGUAACAAUAUGUUCUGUAAUGUUAUAAAAUACAAUUUUACAAUCUCAAUUUAAAUCCUACCUACCUUUUUUUAUUUGCAUAUUGUUUUGUCUUUUUGGCCCACAGCCCAUCACUAACACUAACCUUUGACCCCCCAAGGUAAACAGUUUGGACACACCUGCCACUGAGAAAAAAAACACUUUUGGAGGUCUAAAUAACCUUGCAAAUGAUUUUUUAAGUGUCUUGGAAUGUAUAGAUUGUGUUAGUGGACUCCUCUAUGUUUAUAUUUGCUCUGACCUAUCACUUUUUAGGUCACAGCAAAUAUAAACAUAAAACCUUGUGAUUUUGCAUAUUUGUUGGCCCAGCACACAUAGAUAAGGCUGAGCGGACAAAUGCUUUCACCAGGAAUAAGUGGUCUGCUGCCACUCAAAGGGUGCUGUCAUCCAUGCCAAGUCGCUCAGUGGCUUGGCUUUAACAUAACAGAUUACAAAGCCUUCUUUCCAUGUCAUAAGGAUGGAGUGCAGCUGUCCUCUCGCAGCGGGAUCACUCUUCUGUGAAAGAUUUCUCCCAGGUCCCUGGGACCAGCAACAGAGACAAUGACAUGGAGUCUCAUAAAGGCCUCAUUCAUGAGGGUUAGGACACAUAUGUUUACAUACAGUCUGUCAGUACAUGAAUAUGAAGUGGCAUUGUUUUUUUAAGCAGAAAAUGCUCACAUAUUACAUGAAUAAAUAUAUUAUCAUAUAUAUUAAAUAUAUACAUAUUUUUUAAUUAUUAAAAAAUGAUAAUAGUCUUCUAUUACUGCAUAGACCAAUUUCAGAAUAAUGAACAAAAACCAAUAUUGUGCAGCCCUAUUCAUAUUUUAUCUCAUGUUUUUGCAAACAAUCAUGUAGGGCCUUGAUAUAUAUACUGAGCAAGUCUGAUUGUUAGAUUAUGUUACUCUUUUAAUGUGUGCAUGUGUCUGGAUGUGUACAAUCUUGCUUUUUUGCGGGCCAUAGUGCCCCAGACGAGGCAUCUGCUGAGGACCCUACAGGCUUUGCCUCUUGACGAGUGUGCGCGUAAGCUGCGUGUGAUGCCCAUAAGUCUGACUGAGAAAAGUGAACUCAGAGCACUGGUGUGUCGUGAGAGAAGGGGUCAAAUUCUUUCAGUGGAAACUUCAAGAAAUAGUCACUUUCAAGUACGCCUUGGAAAGAGCCUUCGUGGCGCUCGACAGGGUGUUCAUUCCCUGCUGACCUCUGUGCAACUUUGGCAUGGGGCAUUGAAGCAGGUUAGUGGCCGCUUUGGGACUGGAGCACUCUCUUAUUUCCUCUUCCUCAGGACUCUACUGCUGUAUAACGUCUUCCUCUCCCUGAUCAUCAACCUUUUCCUGGUCCUGCCUGAAGUAAUCCACCACCCACAUCACAGUGCUAACAAGAUCAGUUUCAUGGGCCUCAACAUUUUUACUGGCACCGGCAUCCUUACUAACUCUUUAAUGUUUUAUGGCUACUACAACUAUACAGAGGACAAGAGCUGCAGCUCUGGCACCAAAACUGAGCCUUGCAAUGCACAGGCAUACAACAUACGCCUGGCAUAUUUACUAACUAUUGGGACAGGUCUGUUUGCCACCUGCAUAAUGCUUGUCUACAGUGUGUUCAGGACAUUAGGGGGGAGUUUUCACGUGUUUAAAUCUCAUGGCAACAUGGCUUUGAAGGUCUUCAGCUCUUGGGAUUUCAAAGUUAGCAAAAUGACAUCUGUUCAAAUGCAGGCAGAGAACCUCUGCACACAACUAAAGGAGAUGCUUUGUGAGCUUCACUCUGGAAAUCCAAAAGGGAAAUUGACAACCAGGCUGAUCUGGAUGGCUCUUCACUUCACCGCAUGGGGUAUUUCUCUGACCUGCAUUUUCUGCUGUGUGUUGACUGUCUACGUCUUCUCUGAAGACAGAGAAAAUGUAAAUAAUAUAAGGCCAGAUGAGAGUUUGUUGGCACUGCCGUUUCUAGUAUGUGGUCUAAAUCAUCUGAUGCCUAGUGUCUUCAACAUGGUGGCAUGGAUGGAGAGCUAUGAUUCACCUAGCCUUUGCAUUUAUGUUGCCAUCAUAAGGAAUUUGUUUUUGAAAGUAAGUACUCUUGGUGUUCUUUGUUAUCGAUGGAUGGGCAGUAUUGCUUCUCCAAAAAAUGGAACAAGGCUUGAGUGCUGGGAGACGUUUGUUGGGCAGGAUCUUUAUCGUUUCCUAUUGAUGGAUCUAAUAUUUGGUGUGCUGCACACCAUUUUUGGAGAUUUUCUUUGGAGGGCUUUCACCCAGGGAGUAUUAAGAAGAAAGAGAAAGCCCGCAUUUGACAUUGCGCGAAAUGUUUUGGAGCUCAUCUAUGGCCAGACGCUUGCUUGGUUUGGGGUUCUGUUUUCCCCACUGUUGCCCACAUUUCAGAUUGUGAAACUGAUACUUUUGUUUUACUUAAAAAGGGCUAGUUUGAUGAUGAACUGCCAAGCACCUAGGAAGGCAUGGAGGGCCACACAGAUGACAACUCUCUUCAUCUCACUCCUCUGUUUCCCCUCAUUCCUUGGAGCCGCUGCAGGCAUCACAUACACAAUGUGGAGACUCGAGCCAUCAUCCAUCUGUGGGCCCUUCAGGAUGCUCUCCAGUAUGUUUCUCGCAGGGAAGGAGUGGAGGAAGAGCCUAGAGACAUCCAACCCCAGCCUGACCUGGCUCAGCUGGGCAUACACAGUAUUAGAGAAUCCCCUCUUUCUCUUCACCAUUGCAGGACUUUUCCUACUUCUUAUUUACAUUCACAUUCAGGUCGGAGAUGGUCAGAGAAGAAUAAUGGCCUUGUUGCAGAAGCAAAUUGAAAAUGAGGGUGAAGAUAAGAAGUUUCUCAUAAAUAAGCUACAAGUUCUCCAUGAGCAACAAGAACUUUAAAUAUCUGUUCCUGAUUUAAUAUUUGCUCUUGAGUAAUGAAGUGGGUUAAGCUCCUAAAAUGUAUGACAACUUAAAUUAAUAAAUAAAAAUA